CUGAACCCUGCACAAACACAAGCCAGCUGGGGGCACAGCCACCCUCCGUCCUUAUCACUUGAAAAGGAACUUUACCGGGAGGAAAGGUACACAGGGAGCACAGCUGCACGCCCCAGGGGAUUGAUCACCUCCGCGAUUUAUAAUUGAUUUCAGCUUUCACAUUAACCUGUGCGAGCAGAGUCUACGGAGAAAAAGCCGCAGCCUCGUUGGCCGGAUAUGGGAGGAUCCAAAGCACCGGCGCCGCUCCAACACCUUCCCCUGCCCUGGCCAGCCACCACGCACUAUUAAACAAGCCUGGCAAGAGGUGACUGCAGUGGGGCUGCCCAGACGGCGUGCAGGACCAUGGCGACCUACGUGCAGCUGAACACCACGGCCAAGAUGCCCCUUUUGGGACUGGGCACCUGGAAGUCCCCAGCUGGGCAAGUAACAGCUGCAGUGAUGGCUGCCAUCGAUGCUGGGUACCGCCACUUUGACUGUGCCUACGUGUACCAGAACGAGAGUGAAGUUGGGGAAGGGAUCCAGCAGAAAAUCAAGGAAGGUGUUGUGAAACGAGAAGACCUCUUCAUUGUCAGUAAGCUGUGGUGCACAUUUUACGAAAAGCCUCUGGUGAAGGGAGCCUGCCAGAAGACUCUUGCCGACCUGAAAUUGGAUUACCUGGAUCUCUACCUCAUGCACUGGCCUAUUGGGUUCAAGGCAGGAGAUGAGCUGUUUCCCAAAGAUGACAAAGGCAUGGCCAUACCUAGCAACGUUGAUAUUCUACAGACAUGGGAGGCCAUGGAAGAGCUGGUGGAUGCUGGUCUGGUAAAAGCCAUUGGAAUCUCCAACUUUAACCAUGAGCAGAUUGAAAGAAUCUUGAACAAACCAGGACUGAAGUACAAGCCUGCAAAUAACCAGGUUGAAUGUCAUCCCUACCUCACCCAGGAGAAGCUGAUCAAGUACUGUCAAUCCAAAGGGAUUGCUGUGACAGCGUACAGCCCCCUCGGCUCUCCUGACAGACCCUGGGCUAAACCAGAGGAUCCUUCCCUUCUGGAUGACCCCAAGAUCAAAGAGAUUGCAGCCAAGCACAACAAAACCCCAGCACAGGUUCUCCUUCGCUUCCAGAUCCAGAGAAAUGUGAUUGCGAUUCCCAAGUCUGUCACACCACAGCGCAUCGUGGAGAACUCCAAGGUCUUUGACUUUGAAUUGACUAAAGAAGAGAUGGCAACCAUCCUCAGCUUUAACAGAAACUGGAGGAUCUGUGCAAUGACCAUCUCCCAAACUCACAAGGACUACCCUUUCCAUGCAGAAUACUGAAGAUGCCUAUACCACAGCCUUCACUAGACCACUGGUGCCUCAUGUCCCUCUGCUCUAACUUUGAGCUGUCUAUUAUCUCGUUUUCUUACUCCAUAUGUCUUGCUGCUGCCAGUAAAGAUACUGGAUGUUUAUCCCAUGAAAUUUGUUUGAAUUCUGGUUUUGGAAGAAGGAAAGAGUAUUUUCUAUAGAACAAAACAUGGGAUGUAAUAAUUUUCUGCUUAUUAGAAGAGAGGAUGACUACUGAAGAGCCUAGGCAGAGCUGCUAAGCAGAAAACAGGGUGAGUUUGUACCACCAUGCAGUUAUUGCCUUUAGUCUUGCAUCAGCAGAAACCAGAUGUUGACAAACCACAAAAAAAACCCCAAAACUCAUGCAUCCACAGUUUCUUUAGAAGUGUCCCAUAUUUU